AUGAUGUGCAAGUCUAUUGGAGAAAAGUCUGGGGCUUUACUUGAUCGCUUCACUGUUGUCUUUAUUAGCAACCCUGGCAAAAAGAUUCCCAUAUGGAUGCAAAAAUCGUCUCAAGACGGCUAUCCUGUUGUUUGGGAUUACCACGUUAUCUUAUAUCACAAUGAAGACAAUGACAGAGCGUACAUCUAUGACUUGGAUACUGCAUUACCCUUCCCAUGUCCCGCCCACGAAUAUGUCAUCAAAGCAUUCAAGCCCGAAUUGCAACUCAAGGAAGAAUACCAAAGGUGCUUCCGGCUAAUACCAGCGAGAGACUAUUUGCGUGAAUUUGCCUCUGAUCGAAGCCAUAUGCUUGUUGACGGCGUAUAUGCGUCUCCACCACCAGAAUAUCCACCAAUUGAAACAAAAGACUCCAAAAUGAACCUGUAUGACUAUAUCAACAUGACCAACAACAGCUCCAACCACAAAGAUCUCAAGUACGGCAUUGUAAUCAAUGAAGCAGAGUUUUUCCGUAUGGCACUCAACACACAAUAA